AAAGUCACAUUUGAGUUUGGAAAUCUCUCUCUAUGAUUAUGGUUUCCAUUGCAAUGUUUCUCACUGUCUAGGUAACACCAGAAGGCGUAAAACAGACACCACACCACAUCACACUUCAUCAUCAUCACCCUCUUUCCAUCAACCACACUGCAAAGUGCACAACUAGAAAGCCACUCUUGUGGGCCCCAUAUACAAGCUGGACGAAUAAUCUAGUGUUGGGGUUUUUGGCUGGAGUAUUAUAGCCACAGACUCAAUGCCUAUUGCCACUAAAGAAAUGGAUUCUGCAUUCCAAACGGCAGGAGCAAACCCAGGAUUAGAAAUUUGGUGUAUUGAGAACCAGCAGUUGGUUUCGGUGUCAAAGUCAAGUCAUGGAAAAUUCUAUACCGGAAGUGCAUACUUAGUCUUGAAUGCCGUCUUUCCGAAAAUUGGACCUCCUCAUUAUGACAUACAUUAUUGGCUGGGAAGUGAAGCAAAGAAGGUAGAUUCAAGCUUGGCAUCAGAAAAGGCACUUGAGCUGGAUGCAGCAUUAGGAUCGUGUAGUGUUCAAUACAGGGAAAUUCAAGGCCAAGAAUCGCAGAAGUUUCUAUCAUACUUCAGGCCUUGUCUUAUACCCAUUGAAGGAGUGUUUACUUCGAAACAGGGGAGUUUGAAUGGUGAAUAUCAAGUCCACCUGUAUACUUGCAAGGGAGAUUAUGUUGUUCAUGUGAAGGAAGUGCCUUUUAUGAGGACAUCGUUGAAUCAUGAAGAUGUAUUCAUCCUUGACACGGCCUUAAAAAUCUUCCUCUUCAGUGGGUGCAACUCUACCAUUCAAGAAAGAGCUAAAGCUUUGGAGGUUGUUCAGUAUAUCAAGGAGAAUAAACAUGGUGGAAAGUGCGAAGUGGCAACUAUAGAGGAUGGAAAAUUUGUUGGUGAUUCCGAUGUGGGUGAAUUCUGGAGUUUAUUUGGUGGUUACGCUCCCAUUCCUCGAGAACAGCCUCCUGUGCAAGAAUCUGAGGCUCCUCCUCUAAAGCUAUUUUGGAUAAAUUUACAGGGAAAACUUUGUGAGAGUGGAACUAAUGUAUUCAGCAAAGAAAUGCUUGAGACAGACAAGUGUUAUAUGUUGGACUGUGAUAGUGAGAUUUUUGUCUGGAUGGGAAGGCAGACUUUAUUGACUGAAAGAAGAACAGCCACCAGAGCUAUAGAAGAUUUUGUCAGAAAUGAAGGCAGAUCAAGCAAGACUCAUUUGACAUUUUUGUCAGAAGGAUUGGAAAGUACCAUCUUUCGGUCAUACUUUACUAAUUGGCCUAAAACAGUGGAGCUUAGGCUUUAUGAGGAAGGCAAAGAAAAAGUGGCAGCCAUAUUCAAGCACCAGGGUUAUGAGGUGAAAGAACUUCCUGAAGAAGACAACGAACCAUCUAUAGAUUGUAGUGGCACAAUAAAAGUUUGGCGGGUGGAUGGUGAUGAAUUGUCCCUUCUUUCAGUAACUGAAUUGACAAAGCUUUACAGUGGAGAUUGCUAUAUUGUACAGUAUACAUUUCCAGGAAAUGGAAGAGAUGAGACACUAUUUUAUGCUUGGAUUGGCUCCAAAAGUGUAAUGGAGGAUAAAACAGCUGUCAUUUCCCACAUGAGUACCAUGGCUGAUUCAAUCAGAACUAAUCCAGUUAUGGCUCAAAUCCAUGAGGGUAAAGAACCAGCUCAGUUUUUCUCAAUACUUCACAGACUAGUUGUAUUCAAGGGGGGAAACAGUUCAGGGUAUAGAAACUUUAUUGAAGAAAAAGGUAUGGUGGAUGACACUUACAAUGAAAACCUGGUUGCUUUGUUUCGAGUACAAGGUACAAGUCUAGAUAAUAUGCAGGCCAUCCAAGUUGAUCAAGUUUCAACCUCCCUGAAUUCAUCCUAUUGCUACAUUCUGCAAAAUGAAGGAUCUAUCUAUACUUGGAUUGGGAGUCUGUCUUCUGCUAGAGACCAUAAUCUUCUUGAUAGACUGGUGGAGCUACUUAAUACAAAAUGGCUACCUGUUUCUGUGAGGGAAGGGAAUGAACCUGAUGUUUUCUGGGAAGUUCUUGGUGGAAAGGCAGAGUAUCCAAAAGGCAAAGAAAUUCAAGGAUUCAUAGAUGAUCCACAUUUAUUUGCAUUAAAAAUAACAAAAGGAGGAGACUUCAGGGUGAAAGAGAUAUACAAUUAUACACAGGAUGAUUUAAUUACUGAAGAUGUUUUGUUGCUUGAUUGUCAAAGAGAGAUUUAUGUUUGGGUUGGCUUGCAUUCGGCUGUGAAAUCAAAACAAGAAGCUCUUAGUCUUGGCCAGAAAUUUCUGGAAAUGGAUGUCCUUGCUGAAGGCCUAUCCCUUGACAUCCCUAUUUAUAUUGUAACAGAAGGUUAUGAGCCACCAUUUUUCACUUGUUUCUUUUCAUGGGAUCAUUCAAGAGAAAAUAUUGUUGGCAACUCAUUUGAGAGAAAGCUUGCAAUUCUGAAAGGAAAAGCAAAAAGUGUAGAAGGACAUAUUAGAAACCCAUUAAAAGCAACCUCCUGGGACUCUACUCCUCCUAAUGGUCACAGAAGCUUUUCUACUUUCUCCAAUGGGCGUGGAAGAAGUAGUUCCCCUUUACCUAGCCGUGCAGGUGAUAGGCUUCUUUCUAGCUCUACUCCUGUUGUCAAGAAGCUCUUUGAAGGCUCUCCUACCAAUGACAGUGCUGAAAAACCAACGCCACAGACUGAGUCUCCAGCCACAGAACUAAGCUCAUCUAACGAGUCUGCAAGUUUCACUCAAAAGGAUAGAAAUUUGGAUGGUGAGAAUUUGCCUACAUACCCCUACGAACGCCUGAGAGUAGUUUCUGCUAAUCCAGUAACUGGCAUUGAUUUGACAAAAAGAGAGGUGUAUCUAUCCAAUGAAGAGUUUCGUGAGAAGUUUGGAAUGCCAAAAUCUGCUUUUUCUAAGCUUCCUAGAUGGAAACAAAACAAACUGAAGAUGUCACUGGAUCUGUUUUAGAGCAAGGUGACUGUGUUUUUGUGGCACUAUAUUACAACAUUUUAGGAUGAUACAAAUUUUAUCUCGUGAGUGCAUUGAGAGUUUGAGGUUGAGUUUGCGAAAUACGUCUCAUAUAGUAUUCUUCACCAACUUUCUACAUAUUUAUUCCUUCAUUUUAUCUCACAAUGUUCUGUUUUGAAGAUGGUGUUUUUGGGGCAUACAUGUGGAAAUAUGUAAUGUUUUUUUGCUUGAAGAGAAAAUGUUGUAUAGUAUUUUUAGUACCGAAUGUUCAAACAAACUUGGAUAGGGUUUGAUUGAAUAUCUAUGAUCUAUGGACUAAGGUUUCUUGCCCUUGAACACAAGUGCUAAAUAGUUUAUUGCAUGAAUUUCUAUUAUUGAUGUUUCAUUAA